AUGGUCAACCACGACUCGCAGGCUGUUCUGGUCCCCAGCCAGUACCGUCCCAAGCCUGUCAUCUCCUCAAAUCAGCUUGCGCGUCAAUUGCGGUCCUGUAAGGUCUGCCGGUUCCGCAAGGUCAAGUGCGAUCGCGUUAAACCCUGUCAUGCAUGCUGUGCUCAUGGAUACCCUUCCAAGUGCACUUACGACACCGGCCCCGAAGAUAGCCUCCAGCCGAUAAGCCAGGCGGAUGAGAUCCGUAACCUCCGAAAUGAGAUCCGUCAGCUGACGGCUCAACUCAAUGCCCGUGAUCAACGGAACCGGAACCGACGCCGCCUAGCGCAGCUGCAAGGCUUGGUUGAUACGAUUCGUUCGGCCCCAUCAGAAGUCGUCGAUGGUAUCAUCAGCAGUAUACGGACAACAAAUCGGGUUGUUACGCAUGGCUCGGGAAUUGCUUCCGGGGAGCGGACAGAAGAAAAUGCUAUAGUAGCAAUCCAGCGCUCUAGGCCGGGUGAAAGUGAUGAGGAAGCGGAAGAUAAUUUGUACUUGCCGGCAGGCCAGCGUGAUGGCAGUCGAAGUGCAUCCGAGGACAGCGAGGAUUCGAGUUACGGUUCGAUCUGUCAAAUGAACACGACAAAACCGAUGCUCGAGGUGUUCAUUGAACGCUUCGUGGAUGCAUUCAGCCCAGAAGUUGAUGCUAAAGCGGGCCACGCAGGUGCAUUGCGACGCGCUGCUGAAAUUCGCAUGUUUUCGCCAAUCUUGAUGGAUGCGUUCCAGUCCGUGUCGGUUGCUUUCUUCGGCCGGUCCGUUCAGAACAAGGAGGUUGAGGCUGCGGGUUUCAGCCUCUAUCCACGGGUACUUCGCAGCUUGCAGCAAGCGUUGCAAGACCCUGAACGUAGCAAGGCUGAGUCGACGUUGGUAACGGUCAUCCUUUUGAUGGCGUUUGAGAGUGUGGAGCGUACUACUCAGGUUUCCCUGAUUGCUCACGUCAACGGUGCACUACGAUUGAUUGAACAUCGGGGUCCGGAAAAUCAUGUUCACGGUGUGGAGCAUUUACUGUAUACAGAGCUCCGACCUUACUGGGUAUCUGCGGCUCUCGUCAGCCGUACCCCAUCUUUUCUUGCUCAAGAAGACUGGAUUAAUCUGCCGUGGUCAGCGAAAACCACCAAAAAAGAUAUAUUACAUUAUCUCAUGGACCUUGCUGUCGAAAUCCCAGCACUACUGUCUCAAUUCGAUGAUCUCCAAGCCAUCCUCAGCUCGCAAAUGGCGAGUGCACAUGAAAUCAAGGUCAAACAGGCAACCCUGUGGAACGGUGUUGCAGACUUGACCGGGCGCUUCCGCCGGUGGAAAAUCGAGUGGGUCGACCACUAUCCCGACGGACCGCCUCAAGAGGUCGAGGCACUACCAAACGACGAGUUUCCAGUGUUUCAAUGUCGAGAUCUUCGCACUGGUGCCAUCAUCACGCCGACAAAGUUUGCCUAUCCGGACCUCCGCCUGGCCCAGACAAUGUGUCUCUACUACACUACGCGAUUGAUACUGUCAACAGCGGAUUGCCGACCGACAGAUCGCGUCGGCCCUGCCGAGCAGUAUGCCCUGGGGUGCGGUAUCUGCCGAACCCUGGAAUGGUACAUCUUGACUGCCCCGGGUAACAUGAUCAAUCGCCUCGCCUUCCCAGUCCGCGUAGCUUGGGAGGUCUUUCCGGACGGUGGCCCAGAGCGCCUUUUCAUGUAUAAUGUGCUCAAGUUGGUUGAGAAACGGCAUUCACUUGGACUCUGGGGUAGUGGAAUGUCCGAACUUUCUCCCCGGGCUGGCUCCCCUCCGGGCCCUUGA